UGAAAAUGACCGAAAAGCGACCCCGCGACGAUGUUGGUGGUGAUGACCGUCGCCAGCAGCGUCCGCGCCCUCACAGAGCACGGGAAUUCUCCUCGCCCCGUUCUUUAAGCUAUCUACGUUUUGCCGUGCCACGCGCCCACGAAUUGUCGCAACAGGGGCGAGUGUCGUUGUCAAAGCCCCGCGAGAUCGCGUACUUUAGUAAAUACGUCGAUGACGAUGUACGCUUCGAUCGGUCCAACCUGUUGGUGUACAAGCAGGCAGAGGUUGGAUCGAAUUUGCUCGAUGGAUUCGAGGAAUACACGGCUAAGGACGAAUCUAACCCGACGGCAUCACCGGCACCUAUCGCUCCGUUAUUGGCAGCAUUGGAGCACUUCCAAGCAGACAAUAAAGAUCGAGAGAGGGCACACUUCGUCACCUAUCGGAACAACCUCAACAAAAUCAUGGGCACACCGUACAACAGCAAGAAUGGUUGGACUUUUGAAGUUGAAAAGCGUUCCGGUUGCGUAUAUUUGGAUGUGCGGAGGACGCAGAAAGACAUCGACAGCAACCGCAAUCCACACGAGAAUCAACGGCGUGGAGCUUUUGCUGGCCGUCGCUUUGAGAUCUACUCCACCCAUCCAAAAGCGGAUGACGAACAGCGAAAAGUGAACGAGGACGAGGAGUAUUGCAGCGUAUCCGCCAUGACGCUGGGUGACAAGCGAUUAGUUGUUGCAGCAGAGAUCGAUUGCUACGAGGAUAAGAGCGGCCAACGGGAGUACAUUGAGCUCAAGACUUUUCGCCUCCUCCAGCGUGAGAACGACCAGUUCGUCUUUGAACGCUUCAAGCUAUUGACGUUCUGGAUCCAGUCCUUCUUGGUGGGCACGCCGAAGAUCGUCUGUGCGUUUCGCAGUGACGAUUUCGAAGUGCGGAAGCUGCAGAGCUUCCGUGUCACCGAGAUCCCGAACUUCUGUCGAAAGCAUUGGACUCCCGUCGUUUGUUUGAAUUUCACGAAGGCGCUACUGGACUGGAUCUAUGAGCAUGCUGACGAGGGUCGAGUGCAUCGUGUCACGUAUAUCCCGCAGCAGCACGUGGUCGAGAUGGAUCUGUCGGCGCAGGAUUCAUUCCUACCAACCCAAAACUGACCGAUUGGAUCGUGUGCAUGGUACCUACGCUGGCUGGUGCUCAAGUUAUCAUUGCACAGACACUUCGAAGGUCAAAUUUGGGGAAACUUCGCCAUGUAGAAGCGUCAAAAGCUGUUGGAUCGUGAAGCGAAAUGUUUGGCGCGUAGGUGAGCCAUCCCAUCUGUGUCGUCCAUCACGAUGUCGCUUUUUGUGGAAUUUCAGAUUCAUUAUCACAGGUAGCUGCGACUAUACUAAUAACUUUAACUGAUGAAUCUCGAAAUAUUACAUAUACAGG